GGAAAGAAAACCAGAUGGUUUUCGCAGACAAUUAAUUCGAGAAAAUAUGCAGUUUGGAGAGGAUGAGCCUCCAAUAAUACGGAGUGGGGCCGUGUAUCGACAAACGAAGAUGGAAGCUUUAAAAAAAACGUAUGGAAUCGAGAAAGAUGACAGACGUGAUCAGGCUACUAUUGUCAGAGAUAUGUCUGGUGACACCAAGUACUCUCAGAUCAUCAUUGACGUGGGAGCUAAUCCAUUCCAUGUGAUAUUUUGUUCGCCAGAGCAAGUGUUAGUCUAUAAAGAAUAUUGUCGAGUUGUCUCACUGCCUCGAACAGCCACUGAUGCCAGUGGAAAAUUUGUUAGGAAGUUGGAAAAAUGCCCAGGUGCCAUGACAGGACAUCUCUUCUUCUAUACUGUGACAAUCAAUUUCGAAAAUAAAACCAUUCCAGUAUAUCAAAUGCUCACAGAAAGGCAAGAUGCUGAUUGGAUCAUCUAUUGGCUACGAACUUGGCUCAGAAAGUUUAAGGUGAGGCCACCAAAGGAGUCAACAAGUGACGAAGAGAGAGCUCUAGUCUUAGGACAAUGUCAGGCAUUUAAUGGCAUGACAAUAAAGAAGUACGUCGAUGAAGUCUUUCUGUGGGCUAAAGUUGAAACUAGGAGGAGAACUCUGCCAUUUCCAGCUACUACAGUGAUAAGAUUGGAUGUAGCCCAUUUUGUGGCUGCUGCUGCCAAAUGGAGUUGCCUCAACGAUUCCUACAAAUUUCGUACUAAAAGAUUUUAUGUUCGCGUGAUAACACUAAUGAUUGACUGUCAGUCUGUGGAUGAGUUUCGUCACAUUUUUCUCUUGACAUGUAUCGUAGCCCUGAUACCUGUCAAUGAUUAUAUCGUAAGGACUCCGGAGUUCGAGAUGACAGCUCAAGAGGCUCGCAAACAAUUAGAAGAUCACAUUGCAAUACGUGGGCCCAUUAUUGAUAAAUUGGAGAGCUUCAUCGGGAAUAACGAAUCGGAGAUUCCUUAUAACUUUGACCCACUGCCUGAAGAAUCGUGCUCAGGACGAAAAUCGACAGUGACACACCAAUGGAUCAAAGAUCUGAUAUCGUCAGUGAAACCAGAAAAUCCAGAGAAAAUUCCCGGUGACUUGGAAAAUCCUUUCUAUCUACCUCCAUUUAUCGAUGAUUUGGAACGGGUUGGGAAAGAAUUUCCACUUUGGACCGGUGCAGCUAUACCAAAUGGUGAGAAACAUGCUUCAUCAGCAUAUCAGGAGGGCUACUUCAAUGCUGUCAGGAACGGAGUCUUCCAGAAUAUGACAUUGCCAUGUGUUUGUCAUGUAUUCUUGAAGAAGCUUUUGGACGAUAUCCUCAGUGGUAAUAUCUAUAUGUCUAAAGAAUUGAAGAAAUUCGUG